AUGUCAUCUCUCUUCUUCAUCACCUUUUCCAUAUUCCAAGUUCUUUCUUCUGCCACUUCUCACCUCCAUCCGGGUGUUCCUCUUGGCACUGAUCCAUUUGGACGAUCAAUUUCAGCUCGUUUGGGAGUACGAUAUGGAGAGAAACCAGAGAGAUUUCAGUUUGCAACGAUGGCGAAAUCGAGCUGGCGUAAAUCCCUGUUCACCGAACGACCAAAAGAAUGCCCACAGUUGAAAGUGAAACUCAAUCAGGAAACGAGCGAGGAUUGUUUGUUUUUAAAUGUCUUCGGGCCAACGAAAGCGUAUUCCCACGAACUCCUCCCCGUUCUCGUUUACAUCCACGGUGGAGCGUACAAAUUCGGGACGGGAAACCAGUUCGAAGUGGAGAAUAUGGGGAAUUUGUCGAAACAGGGAUUUGUCGUCGUUACACUGCAAUAUCGAUUGUCGACACUUGGGUUUUUCCAUGUCGACGGUUCUAAACUUUUCCCGGCGAAUCUCGGUCUUCACGAUACUCAUUUAGCACUUCAGUUCAUCUCAAAACAUAUCAAGGAAUUUGGCGGUGAUCCGAAGCGCAUCACACUCAUCGGCCAGUCAGCUGGAGCUUGCUCAGCGCACGCGCUCUCCAUUUCACCGAAUGUCAACAAAGAACUUUUCCAUCGAGUCAUUCUGAUGUCGGCUGUUGUUGAAGUCUGCUACAAUGGAACGGGCAGUGGUGUGUCGCCGAGCGCUGUCGCUGCUAAAGAGCUUUGCAAUAUCGAUCUCAAUGAGGAUUUCGAUGACGAAGUGCUUUUCAAGUGCCUCAACGAAGCCCCAUUAGCUAAAGUGGAAAAUGUUGAUCAGUUUGAAAAACACGAGAAGAACUGGGUUCUCUUCACGGAUGGGCAUUUCUUCCCCGAACACUAUAGAUUGAUGAAUCGAUCGACGAGAGGACACGACUAUUUGAUUGGAGUGACGAGUGAUGAAUGGGCUUUCUUUGAGAACCUAUUUGCCUAUGGCUUUUCUCGAAAAGAUUUCACGCCUAAACGCUUCGAGGAAACCGUUCAAAAAUACAUGGGAAUCGAGAAAAAAGAAGAAAUUGAUUUAUUGAAAGAAUUCUAUACGAAAGAAGAAAUAAAAGGAGAAGAUGUUCAAAGUUAUUGGUUCGAAAAUGUGGUCAAUUCGAUGACCGAUUUGGCCUUUCACGUGCCAAUUCUGGACGAGAUCCACCGUCUAAUGUCAGCCACUAAUCCGCCAAACAUUUACCUCUACACUUUUAAUAUCACCGCUCCUUCAUUCAAUCAAGGAUAUCACGCAUCUCACUGCUCCGAUCUUCAGUACAUUUUCGGCGACUCGAAGACAAUCGCUGAUUAUCCCUAUUUCCAGAGCACAAUUCUCGGAUUCGCCAAGAAUGGUGCCUAUCCGAUGCGUCGAGAGAAGCAUCUGAAAGGCUCGCUCGUCUUCAACAAUCACCUCCCAUUCAUCUCCUAUUCGAAAGAUUUUUGUCCGCGUGCGCGUCGACUCAUCGACUCAUUCCAGGAAAAAUCUCCAAAGGUU